AUGGCGGUUGGAAAUGAAAUCCAGAGGCCUCAGUGUCAAUUACCGGAAAGGGUUUUCGCUGCCGGUGACGAACCAAACGGCGUUAGAGUUACUCCAUAUCACAAAGCCUCAGGAAUCAGACAAAUCCUGAAUGCCCUAGAUCCCGAUGAAGUCGAGAAGAUUAGGGCUUCUCCAUUCGGGAAGUUGGUCGAGAUUGCAGACAAACCAAGGUUCUCAGGGAGGUUUGGUCGUUACAUCAUCUCCAGGCAACUCAAAGUUGCAAAGAAACACGAGGCCUGGUUCCUUUUCGCCGGAAAACCAAUUAGGUUUUCACUUCGAGAAUUCACUUAUGUAACCGGGCUCAACUGUAAGAGAUUUCCGAAGCGAUUGAAGAAAAGAUCGAUUCCAUCAAUGACUCAGAAACCAUACUGGGGAGAGCUCUUUGGAACCCUAAAAGAUGUCCCCGUCUCUUCUGUUGUGAAGAUGCUGAAGAAGAGAACAGUCAUUGACCCAGAAAUCAGACUAAAAUUAGCCUACCUUUCGUUACUGGCGUCCGUCAUUCUUCCAACCACACAUAACCCUCGUAUCUCGCAAGACCACGCGGAGCUGAUCAAGGACUUGGGAGCCUUUAUUGAGUAUCCUUGGGGCAGAAUCUCGUUUGACAUGCUUAUGUCGAGCAUUAAGGAGAGGAAUGUAGUCUCACUCUCCCAGAAUACAAUAACCCUGAAAGGCUUUGUACUUGCUCUCCAACUUGUUAUGAUUGAGUGUGUGCCCGCGCUUACAGAGGUUGUUCAAGACGGCAGUUCAUCUGGCUCAGAUGGUGAGGGUGGGGAAGAUGAGGAUAAUUUGGAGGCGGAGGAAGGAGGCAAAAAGAGCAUUAGCCCUGGUCAUGCACGCGACACUGAUGCGGCUGAGAAGGCUUUAGUCCAUUCUGUCAUUGAUGCUGUAAACGGGGGAAGUUACGUAGGCGAAGAGUACGAUUGGACCGACGACGAGGAAGAUGUGGGGGUUCGAAACAUGGUCGAUCUAAUAGACCAGCGUUUCCCCUUCAGCAAUCCAUGCUUUGUUGGUGGGGCAUCUACAGAGGAUGUAAGGAGGAUUCGCAUAGAGUCCAAAGCGGAGUUGCGAAACCGUAAGACAGUGAAGACAAAGACAACAUCCACUCCGCAUGUCCCUGAUGGCUUUGACGCCGACUGGUUGGCUUCUAUUGUCAGAGAGAAGCUUAAGGAGGACACCAUGCACCUACUGACAAACAUAUCAACUCUUCAGGAAUCAUUCAAUGGCUUCAAGACAACCGUCCUAACUACCCUGAAAGAUGUGUGUGGCAAGUUAGAAGAAAAUGCCAGCAAACUUGCAAGCCUAUCUGCAGACAUAUGUAACAUGUCUGCAAUGGGUCUUACAGCUCCGAAUUCCCAGGCAAACCCUCCUACCGGAAGUCCGAGCCAGCAGACUGAUGUUGCGAACAUCAUCUCUCAGGCUAUGCAAUUUGGGAACCGGGAAUCAAAUUCAAUUGCAUCUGGCAAUCAGAAUGGUGGUUCUAGCAGCGUAGCUGUGACUGGAGGACUCGUGGACAGAAAUACCAUUCACCAUGGGACAGACGACCACAACAUUGGGCAAACAGCUAAUCAUGGAAAUGCUACUACACCCACUCGGCCAGAAGCUAAAGAAUCACGACACGUGACUUUUUCGACUGAUACUGACUUGACCCUAGAUCCAGAUUUGUUAUUUCCGAACCCUACCUUCUCGCUUGGCCUCACGCAAGAGGCACGGGUACUCGGUGCAAAUAACACAACCUUGACUACCACUACUGGGCUUGAGGGCGGUGACAAAGAGAAUGGUGAAGGUUCUGAGCAGGAAUCGGGCGAUGAAGACAUUUCAGAGGCCAGUGAAGAGGAUGAAGCUUGUGAGGAGAAUGCAGUGAUCAAUGAGGAGGGGGAGACUGCUGAGGAAGCUAACGGCAAGAGGUGUGACCGUGAAAAGCAAGAGGCAGAAGAUACCACCGAUGGCCCUUUUGGGCGAGUAUCAAUGCGACAAAGGUUUCUUGAAUCGUGCUAG